AUGUUUAGUACAUUUGCUGACGUAUUUGGUUCGGAUGAUAAUGAAGCCAAAAAAUUAAAUAGUACAAAAGAUCCAUUUGAUUCAUCAUUAUCUGCACCAGUCGAUCCAUUCGGUAUAUCAAGUGAUAUGAAAUUAUCUGCAUCGUCGCAAAGAUUUGAUGAUAGUCCAUUCGUCAUUGAAACAGUAAAUGAGCAGUCUGAUCGAUCUCAUAAUGGAAAAGAAGCAUUAUCAUCAUUGAACUGGAAUGCAUGUCAAAAUUCAUCAAAUGAGCCAAUUUUAGAUUCAGCAACAACAUUUGAUCCACUAGAAGAUAUACCAAAUAAAACAACAGGUUUAUCAGUCAAUAAUAAUAAUAUAACACAUUCCAAAAGCAUUAAUCUCAUGAAUCCAUUUUCAAUUCCAACAAUGUCAAAUGAAGACUCGAGAGUAACUGUUCAAGCUUCACCAAUCGAUCUUUUAUUUGAUCUUAACAUUGAUCCAAGUUCAUUUCCAGUGAUGAAUUCCGAUAAGUCUUUACAAAAUUCAGAUCAAGUACAAUCGUCAUAUGAUCUUCUUGGUCUUAAUAAAAACACCAAUUCAUCAUCGCCGUCAUCAUCAUUUAAAGUUACGAAAAGUGACAGUUUAACUAAUCUACCAAAAGUGAGUCAAACAAAAAAGUCAUCUUCAUCAUCACUCGCAACUAAAUCAAAUAUGUCAACAGCAUCAUCGUAUCAUACGUUACCAAUGAAUGUUCCACCUGCAUCAGCGAGUACACUACGAGUUCAAGCAACAGCAUUGACAAUAAUGACAGGCACAACAUCGCCAUCAACAACUCCAUAUGAUGAUCAAUUUCUUGAUUGGUUAACACAAUCUGAUGAUUUAAUGUGUAGUGUUGAUCCAAAAUUGAGUGGACAAUCGAAAAAAAUGGAUAUUAACAUGUUAAAAAGUACUGAAGAUCUUCUUGGAAGUAUUCAUAGACAACCACAACAAACAUUAACAACUGUUCAAGAAGCAUCGCAAGAAUCAGUUGGAUCUCCACCUGCAGUAGCUAUGCAUAAACCGCCACCUAUUCGUCGUCCAUCAAUUGAAGAAGUACCAUCAAUAUGUAUUUAUGAACCUACAAGUGAUCAUAAUGAUAGCAAUAUUGUUCCACAAGGAUAUUUCGAUAUUAGAAAAGAAAAAGCAAAGAAGAAGAAUAAUAAUGAUUCAGAUGAUUCCGAUGAUUCAAAGAUGGUUUUUAAAAUUGAAGAAAAAAAAAGUAGUGCAUCUCUCUAUGAUGCAAAUAUUCCUGUACCAUUAUUACCACCGCCACCGUCGUCAUUAACCAAAAAAUACCAAGAGGCUAGUGAUGAUGCUAGUGCAUCGUCAGAAUCAGACAAUGAAGAUGAACAUGAUCCGUCAGUUGUAUAUCCGUUAAAAUCUGCGAAAAAGAAAAUCAAUGACAAACCAAAUAUAAAUCUUUUUGCUGAUUGGGAAGAAGAGGAAGAUAAGAAUGUUUCUCAGGAAGAAGAUUUGAAAAUAAAACAAAUAGAAAAUAGGCACGAAAAUGCUCAAUCAGCACCAUUAGAUUAUUAUUUACAUGAACCAGAUUUGGAUGAUAGUGCACCAUUAGAACCGUAUCAUAGUGAUAUAAACGAAUUACAAUCGCAACAACUUAAUGGAUGGCCAUUACAAAUUCGUGUGCCAUUAAGACAAAAAGAUUUAUAUAAAAGUACUUUUCAAAGAUUUAGUGAAACACGUAAUUGGCAAGAAUGUUUCGUUAAAAUAUCAUUCGAUGAGAAAAAAUUACGUUUUUAUUCACUUCAAAGUAGCGAAUAUCCAUUUGCUGAAAUUGAAUUACAAACAUGGUAUCAAUGUACGAAAUUCAAUCUUCAACAAUAUGAUCAUUAUACAAAAAUUCAUACAUUAAAAAUUUUUGAAGCUAACUAUAAAGAAAUUCCUCAAGUUCGUAUGGAUCGUCUCGCAACUUUACCGGAGAAAUUAUUAAGAAAAUUUACGCGACCGAAUAAAGCACAGCAAGUUUUACUUGAUCAUGCAAAUUGUGUUCAGCAAGAAAUUGUUAAAUUUGGUCAAUUAAAUUAUACGUCCUUGAAAAACUUCUCAAUUCUAUUAGAUGAUCUAUUUUGGUCAAUGCCUGUUACGCGCAGUCGUUUACAAAAACAUUUAAAAGAAGAAAUAACUGUUAAAAUCGUAGAUGAAUAUUAUGCACACAUUGAUAAAUAUCGUCAUAUAUGUAAACAUAAAUCUCGUACACGUGUAUUUAUUUUAGCUUUUCUAAAUGGUUACACACCAACAAUUGAAAUAGGUAUGAACGAUUGGUUUCGUCAUGGUAAAGAAGUUAAUAAACGUAAUGAAAUUAUUAUUAAUAAAACAUUACAAGAAUAUUGGAUUAAGCCAGAACAAGUUGAAUUAGCAUCAAUUAUCGAUGAAAAAGAAUACGAAAAUAGUCAUUUACUUAAAUUAGUACCGCCAGAUAGUCAAAAAAUUGAAAUUAUGCGUUUUCGUACUAGACCUAAACAAAAUAUUGAACUUCCAUUGCAAGUUUAUUGUUUUAUGUCAGUUAUUGAACGUCAAGUUAAUAUUCGAAUUGAAAUAAUCGUAUCGAAUGCAUUUAAUAUAAGUCUACUAUCAAAGGCUUCAUCAAUGGCAACAAACGACAAAACAGCUAAUAUACGUGAUGAUAAUAGUGACGAACAAUGUCCAUGUGAAAACAUUCAAAUUCGUUUUCCAAUACCUGAUCCAUGGGUUUAUAUGUUUCGAGUUGAGAAACGUUUUCGCUAUGGAGCUAUACAUAGUGUUCGUCGAAAAGCAGGAAAAAUAAAGGGUCUCGAUCGUUUCAUGCUUCAUCGUGGUGAUCCAUUGGCGGCAUUGAUGGCAGCAUCGGUCGGUGUAGCAAAAUAUGAACAAGCAUUUCAUUCAAUUGUUUGGCGUAUUGAUCAAUUACCGAAACGUGAUCAAGGUGCUUAUAAAACACAUAUAUUUGAAUGCAAAUUGACAGUACCAUCGUAUGAUCCUAUGCCAGAGAAAUUUGAACCGACAGCAGAUGUUGAAUAUGCAAUGUCGCAAGUUUUUAUUUCACAUUGUCAAAUUCGUUCUGUUGCCGUACCAGAAGCUGAAGAAACGCCAGAAAAAUGGAUACGUCCGAAAAGUUGUUUUAAUUAUACACUUGAUAUUGAAUAUGCAUUUAAAGAAGAAGAAAAAAAAGAAUUUGCGCCAGUUGAAAUCGAUAUGAAAGAACAAUCAAUGUCUCAAAGUGAGACAGAAAAUAAUUCACAUUCCGAUGAAAGUGAUUAA